AUGCUAAGAAGCCAAGCUGCCAGACUGAUCUGUAACUCCCGCGUCGUCACCGCCAAGAGAACUCUGUCUCUUGCCGCACGUGCCGUCUCCGCCACGCCAUCUGUGCGUUCCACGAUGGCCCGUGGCCCCAGUCCACUUGUGGCCGCUCGUGGGUUGAAACAGAUCAAUUUCGGUGGUACCGUUGAGACCGUGUACGAACGUGCUGACUGGCCCCGCGAGAAACUUUUGGACUACUUCAAGAACGACACCUUCGCAUUGAUCGGGUACGGUUCGCAAGGGUACGGCCAAGGGUUGAACUUGCGUGACAACGGUAUGAACGUUGUUCUUGGUGUCCGUAAGAACGGUGCGUCGUGGAAGGCCGCCAUUGAGGACGGAUGGGUCCCCGGUGAAAACCUGUUCGAGGUCGAGGAGGCAGUGAAGAAGGGCACGUACGUGAUGAACCUUCUGUCCGAUGCAGCGCAAUCCGAGACAUGGAGCACUAUCAAGCCGCUGUUGAAGAAGGGCCAGACGCUUUAUUUCUCGCACGGGUUCUCCCCCGUUUUCUCCGACCUGACACACGUCGUGCCACCCAAGGAUCUGGAUGUGAUCCUGGUUGCCCCCAAGGGGUCUGGCCGCACUGUUCGUUCCCUGUUCAAGGAGGGCCGUGGUAUCAACUCCUCGUACGCAGUGUGGAACGACGUCACUGGCAAAGCGCACGAGAAGUCCCAGGCGCUGGCCGUGGCGAUCGGUUCCGGGUACGUGUACCAGACGACGUUUGAGAAAGAGGUCAACAGUGACCUGUACGGUGAGCGUGGCUGUCUAAUGGGUGGUAUCCACGGUAUGUUCCUUGCGCAGUACGAGGUGCUACGUGAGAACGGGCACUCCCCAUCGGAGUCCUUCAACGAAACCGUCGAGGAGGCGACGCAGUCGCUGUACCCACUGGUGGGCAAAUACGGUAUGGACUACAUGUACGACGCGUGCUCCACCACGGCGAGAAGAGGCGCCCUCGACUGGUACCCGAUCUUCAAGAACGCGCUGAAACCGGUGUUCCAGGACCUGUACGCGUCCACGAAGAACGGCACGGAGACGAAACGGUCGCUCGAGUUCAACUCGCAGCCGGACUACCGUGAGAAGCUGGAGGCGGAGCUGCAGACCAUCCGCAGCAUGGAGAUCUGGAGGGUCGGCAAGGAGGUGCGCAAGCUGAGACCGGAGAACAACUAG